AUGACCUAUCACGGAACACCUUCCUCACACUCGAUUGACAACAGCACUACUACUGUCGCUGCCAUCAGCGCGGCUCGCUUCCGUGUUGCGCUGCCAAAGCCAGAGCACCUCUUCCUCGCAGUCUCACUGUACAUUCAGGUGGCCGCGGGAACGAACGCAGACGCGAUUGUCGUCGACGCGCCUGUAUUCAAAAGCAUUGUGCUGCGUGCGCUCAAGCAACUGCACGGCCAGCUGGGCGCAGGCAUCCCCGUCGACGUGCUAGACGUGACCACGAGCACCGCCAACAAGGCAGACAAGGCGGACAAGGCGGACAAGACACGUCAGGUCGCUGCUGCUGCUGCUGCUGCUGCUGCUGGUGGGCUCACCUACCGCGCGCUCAUUCGUGUGCCAGACCUGCACAGUGCUGCAGUGUGGAGCGCACUGACCGCAGUCACAGUCCACGACAACCGUCCGUGUCGCCUCACCGUCGACCGCGCCUCGCCAUCGCUGCUGCACUUUGCGAGCAACAGUCGCGCUUUCAAUCCCUGA